AUGUCGAACCCUGAAGGUGCAGCCCCAGUACCCCAGCACCUGCAUACCACCACCAGGACUUUAACUCUGCGGGGCAUUCGUGGGCACACAUCAGAAGGCCGAGGCUCAGACACAGUGGCGGACUGCAAGAAGGUUCACAGUGCCCUCAAUAAAGUGACUGCCUGUUACCGGCAGCUGGUGAUGUGUGUUGGGGGUACCUCAGACUGUAUUCGACUUAGAGAGGAAUUGGAAGAGAGCAGGAAGAAAGCUUUUGAUCUAAGCACAGGUGAGUGCCUACCUUAAAAGUAGUCAUCGAUUUAUUAAGGACGACAUGGGCAAAUGACCCUACAAACUAUUGGUGGUGCCUCUCAUGUUUUAUAAUGAAUGCAAUAUAUUGGAGAGGAAAGAGAAGCGAAAAUAGAGCUCCACAUCUAUAUUAUUCCACUUUCAAAUGCUUCAGUCCUCAUGAGAACUUGGAAAAAGGGGAAUUUGAUUGUUUGUUUAAGCGGCUGAGGCAGGAAAGAGAGGUAUCUGGAAAAGGGGCUUAAAAACAUCCUGACUGAGAAGGAGAUGGCGGGUUGGGGAUAAAAGUGUUGUAAAAACUCUGCAUUGAUAAAUUGAGGGGAAGGGAGGCAAAAACAAAAACCACAAACAGGUAGGGGUCUGGGAAACGUAUGAGAUAAGGUCUGAGGUGGAAAAAUAAGGGAGGGCUAAUCAAUCUAGGAGUAAAUUAUGUGGAAGGUAAGGUAAGAGCGAUAAAAGUAUCGUAGUUUGUUUUUAUCACAAGACAUUUUGCUUAAGUGGAAUUAAUGUGCAGAAAAAGCAAGCAAGGUGCUUUAUAUGUUAAGAAACCAAAUCUUUUAUUAACGGAGGUAGCUUUCAGAACAUUUUGUUUUUUUAAUGAUUUUUUUUCCCCAAGACAAUCUUUAUUUGGAAAGAUGAUCAGAACCAUUCAAAGAUGAUGAUAUAUAUAUAUAUAUAUAAAAAAAAGAUACAUAGCUUCAAUGCUAAAUGUGAAUGUUUAGAUGCACAUCAGCUCUAGGGAGAGAUUUGACGUCGCCACCACAGCCUACAGGCGUCCUGUGAUUUAACGGUUUAGUUGUUUACAUUCUGAUAAUAGAUUCUUAAUGGUGUAAUGGUUAAUAGACCUGUGCAAAAAAUAUUUGUCCUAAUCAAAACAAAUUUCAUCCACACCCAAAUUAAUUAAUUUGCCCAAGAUUUAUUUAUGGAUCGUACUAUGGGGUUUCAACAGAAUUUCAGGCCUAAGAUUUAAUGAUGGUAGAAAUCUUUUGCUAGCUGGUUUGAAUUCUGAGUGUGUGAACCUGAUUUUAGAAAACUAAAAGACUACCAUAUUCGGAAUAAAAGUUUGUUUUUCGCUAGACACACAGACAAUAAUGCAUUGUUAAUUAUAUGUAUGUGCCCCCAGAUCUGCGGAACACAUUGAUGGCACUGUUGACAGAGCAGGAAGUAAGUCCAGAAGAACGGGUGGAGUUGGAGAGGACCUGGGUGCUUUUCCUUUCCACGCUGGAACUUUUCCAACAGGAUCUGUGCAAAGCCCACCACCUUUGCCAUCUCUUUCCUUUGCAUGGACGUCGUAAGAGACUGGUCAACACUGGUGUGAUUGGCAAGACUACUGAAGUUGCUUAUAGGGCUCGCAACAUUAAAUCUCCCAGCAGCAGAGUGCGGGAGAACCCGCAGCGUUCAGAACGACCCUGUUCUCCGGAUUUAGCUGAACAAAUUGAACACAUGGAAAGAAUGCUGCAUGAUAUGCAAAUGAAAGUAAGCAUCCCCAUCUGGAGUGUAGAAGCGACCGAGGAGGCCUGGGCAGAGGUCAGUUCCACUUGUGAUCUAGAUGAGGGGUCAGAUAAUGAGAUCCUGGCAGGUGAUGACAUGUCCAGCAGAGGGUGCUGUGCCCACGGGCAAUCACUUCACCGACCACUGUGCAUGGUCUCGUAA